AUGAACAGCCCUCCAAAGCAAAAAUCAAUCAGUAACCACAACUUCGCUCAGGACCUAAAACAGCUCAAAUCCUCCAUCCUCUCCCACCUCUGCUCCAAUUCUCCUUCCCAAAAUUCCUCCAACGAAAAAUACGUCAACGCCGCUAUCACAAAACUACUCAAGCCAAAUUCUCAAAAACCGGAAGCCACAUUUGAAGAGAUGGAUAAGGAAGAAUAUAAGGAAGAAUUUGUGAAGAAAGCAGUAGCUAUAGCUGAGACUUUGAAAAGUAAAGGGAAUGCUAAGAAGAAAAGUGUGAAGGAGAGGGAUAGAGUGAAGAGAGAAAGGAAACAUAUGAGUCCAGAUUUGAACCAUUUUCCGAUUGAGAAUAUGAAGUAUGGACAGUUACCGAACAUUACUAAGGGGAAUAGUGCUAGUAUUGAGCAUUUUGUUAAUAAGGAUCUGCGUUCUCCGAAGUUUAUGAAGACACCUCAGAAAAUUAAACAUGGUUUAAAUAUGUCUUCAAGAGAUAAGAAGAACAGAUAUGGUCGGCUGAGAAGGAUACAGAACUUAUCAAUGGAUGCUGGAGAAAUCCAAAACCAUAAGAACCUUCAAAUAGGCUCUUUAGAUACUAAAUUACCCUUCUUAUCUGGCCAAGGGAGCUUGAAGACUCCUAAAGGAACAAUGUAUGAUAGGUUACUUAAAAGCGGGAAUAACAUCAAGAAGACCAAGCCUAAGAGAAAUCCAUUGUCCACUUCAAGCUCAGUAGAUCCAGGAUUAUCAUUCGGCAGAAGUGAUAUCAACGUUUCAACGAUGAAAAACUAUGUUGCUAAGAAGAUGAAUGAACAAGUCAAACUUCUAAACAAGUUGGAUAAAAAGAGACUCAAAGAAAAAUAAAGAAGUCAACAAACAAAAUGCGGAUGAAAUCCUUGCUCAACAGCUCUCUAAUCGUCACCAGAGAGCGCUUAGCGAUCGGACGAAGAUGGCAGAGGAGAAGUUCGCAUUAGAGAGUAAUAUAGCUCACUUAACCAAAAUGGAGCAGAGAUAUAAGAACAUAUUUAAUAAGAUCGAGAACAAACAUUCUGCGAUACAGUCCUUAUACAACAGUUUGGGAAGAGGGAAAAAUAACUUAGCAAACAGUGAAAGGGAUAAGGACAAAAUGAUCGAGGAAUUCACAGACAAGCAGAUCCAGCAGUACCAGGUUAAGGCUCUGAAGGAAGAGGAGGAGCUAAGAGGAAGGAAAAAUAAGAUGCUUAAGGAAAUGAUGAGAAUGAACCAGAGUGAAAUCAAGAGAAAGAUAGGCCAUAAGAUUGGAGAUGAUGAGGAUCGUAGCACCAAACUUAGUUUCAUGAUGAUGCUUGCCAGAGGAGACAUUCCAGAGUAAUAUUUUGCUGUGAUAACUA